AUGGGUAAAGAAGAGCGUAGCCACAUCAACAUCGUCGUUAUCGGCCACGUCGAUUCCGGCAAGUCCACCACCACUGGUCACAUGAUCUACAAGUGUGGUGGUAUUGACCAGCGUACCAUCGAGAAGUUCGAGAAGGAGGCUGCUGAGCUCGGAAAGGGUUCUUUCAAGUACGCCUGGGUUCUUGACAAACUCAAGGCUGAGCGUGAGCGUGGUAUCACCAUCGAUAUCGCUCUCUGGAAGUUCCAGACCGCCAAGUAUGAGGUCACCGUCAUCGAUGCCCCCGGUCACCGUGAUUUCAUCAAGAACAUGAUCACUGGUACCUCCCAGGCCGAUUGCGCUAUUCUCAUCAUCGCCUCCGGCACUGGUGAGUUCGAGGCUGGUAUCUCCAAGGAUGGCCAGACCCGUGAGCACGCUCUGCUUGCCUUCACCCUCGGUGUUAAGCAGCUCAUCGUUGCCCUCAACAAGAUGGACACCUGCAAGUGGUCCGAGGACCGUUACAACGAGAUUGUCAAGGAGACCUCCUCCUUCAUCAAGAAGGUCGGCUACAACCCCAAGUCCGUUCCCUUCGUCCCCAUCUCCGGCUUCAACGGCGACAACAUGCUUGAGGCCUCCACCAACUGCCCCUGGUACAAGGGUUGGGAGAAGGAGACCAAGGCUGGCAAGUCCACCGGAAAGACCCUCCUCGAGGCCAUUGACGCCAUCGAGCCCCCCCUUCCCGUCGGUCGUGUCGAGACUGGUAUCAUUACCCCCGGCAUGAUCGUCACCUUCGCCCCCGCCAACGUCACCACUGAAGUCAAGUCCGUUGAGAUGCACCACCAGCAGCUCAAGGCCGGUAACCCCGGUGACAACGUCGGUUUCAACGUCAAGAACGUUUCCGUCAAGGAGGUUCGCCGCGGUAACGUCGCUUCCGACUCCAAGAACGACCCCGCUGCCGCCUGUGACUCCUUCAACGCUCAGGUCAUUGUCCUGAACCACCCCGGUCAGGUCGGCGCUGGAUACGCUCCCGUCCUCGAUUGCCACACUGCCCACAUUGCUUGCAAGUUCUCCGAGCUCCUCGAGAAGAUCGAUCGCCGUACCGGUAAGGCCACCGAGACCUCCCCCAAGUUCAUCAAGUCCGGUGAUGCCGCUAUCGUCAAGAUGGUUCCCUCCAAGCCCAUGUGUGUUGAGGCCUUCACCGACUACCCCCCUCUCGGUCGUUUCGCCGUCCGUGACAUGCGCCAGACCGUUGCCGUCGGUGUCAUCAAGUCCGUUGAGAAGAACGCUGGUGGCGCUGGUAAGGUUACCAAGGCCGCUGCCAAGGCUGGUAAGAAAUAA